CAUGACAGCUGCUUUGGGACAGUCAUCAGUGCGUGCUUUUCAGUGAGUUCGCGAGUGCUGUGAAUCGCGUUAAUUUAUUUCAAUUCCGAUGCCCGUUCAGAGUUGAUUCUCCGCGCCAGUUGCAAGUUGCAGAGUCGUGAAAAAGCGUGAAGCCGUGAAAGUGCCGCUGUGGGUGAAAUGGCAGUGUAUUUCAUAGCCAAAAACCGACUGAUCAAAGGCGUGAACGUCCAGCAACUGCCCAACAAAUGGUCGCCGCGAUGGACAGCCAUCGUGCGCCGAUCGUCGUCGGCGAAGCAGCCGGCGCAGCCGUCGGAAGGCGGCGGAGGGUCGCGAAAAGGUAAAUUGAGUAAGAUAAAGAGGCGGCUCCGCAGGGGCUGGAGCUGGAAGGCGGGCGCGGGUUGGACAAUAUUGUCAGUCUUGGAUUGGUGGUUGUUGGCAGCUGGAGGCUGGAUGACGUGGCACGGCGUCCUGCUGCGCUGGGCGCCCAUCGGCCUCUGCCUGGCGGCGGCGGUCCAGUGGCACAUGCAAAGCAAGGAGUUGGCCAGGCGAGGCAUGCACCGCACGGCGUCGCAGUGGCAGACGAACGUCUACUGCUCGUUGCCGCUCAGGAUCUUCAGCCGGUGCUGGGGCUGGAUGGCGGAGCGCCGCGUCCCGAUUCCGCUCCGUCCGACCGUCUUUGGAGCCUAUUCCACGGCGUUCGGCGUGAAUUUGGACGAGGCGGAAGUGCCAGAUUUGAAGUCCUACCGCAGCCUGUCGGAGUUCUUUACGCGCUCGCUGAAGCCCGAGUGUCGCUCGGUGGACUCGCAGGCGUGCAUUGUGUCGCCGGCGGACGGGAAGGUGCUGUACUUCGGGCCGGCGACGGACGCGCACAUUGAGCAGGUGAAGGGCGUGUCGUACAGUCUGGAGGCCUUCCUGGGGCCACCAACGUGGCGCCGCGACGCGCAAGCGGCGGCGUUUCCGCAGUGCUGCCAGCACGCCGAGGAGAGCGCAUUGUAUCAAUGCAUCAUCUACUUAGCGCCCGGCGACUACCAUCGCUUCCACUCGCCCGCGAUGUGGCGGCCGGAGGUGCGGCGGCACUUCGCCGGCGAGCUGCUGUCCGUGAGCCCCAAGAUUGCACAGUGGCUGCCCGGGCUGUUCUGCCUGAACGAGCGCGCGCUGUACAUCGGCCAGUGGCAGCACGGAUUCUUCUCCUUCACCGCCGUCGGGGCCACGAAUGUUGGGUCUGUGCAGAUCUACUUGGACGAGAGGCUGAAGACGAACCGGUGGAUCGGACUGGAGGUGGGCACGCACAAGGGGAACGACUUCGACGAGGUGCCGCUGCCCGGCGGCACGACGCUGCAGAAGGGCGAGCUUCUGGGGCAGUUCAACAUGGGCAGCACGAUCGUGCUGAUCUUCGAGGCGCCCAAGAGCUUCAAGUUCUCCAUCCAGGCGGGCCAGAAGAUCCGCGUGGGCGAGAAGCUGGGCUGCCUGGAGGAGGCAGUGGCGGCGUCCUGAUGGCGCGCGUCCAAAGAGUACAACGAUGUGCAAGAGAGACAAGAUUCUGCGAUUAUCUUCUCAGAAGCCAGACUAGCGACUAAGGUAGACGUAGAUAGGCGUACGAUAGGAUUCAAUCUGUGAAUUUAUUAAGUAUAAACUCGUGUAUAAACCUUGUAAAGCUUUAUAUUAGAGAGAUUGAGAAUUGUUCCAAAUAAAA